CUGCCUUCACUUUUAAAUAACCAGAUGACCUUCCCUGACAGCGACUCCCAUCCCGACACACUCACCUCGUCACCGGACCAGGAGCUCCAGCUCGCCCGCCCACUGGACACAACAGAAACAGAUCCCGGUCUGACUCUAAAGUGCCACUGGGCUUCUAGUAAACUCGUCCCGGUGUUGCCAAUACUCCACCUUUGGCAUUGCCGCCACAGUGGGGCCGCCAUUUUCGCCCGUGCGCGUGCAGCAGCGGGACCGGAACAGGAAGUUGGUGAGUGACAUCGACCAUUGCGUAAGCGUUCGCUGUAAGCUAACCAAGUGCUAGCCUGUAGUAAAUAACGACUUACUUCCGUGUAAACUCGCCAUAAAUCGGUUUUUAUGAGCUGUUUCGUUCCUAUGUGCUCUGUUUUCACUAGUCUCACUAUUUUGGUUGAUUAUAGACAACGGGUAGCGCCGCGAGUAGGGUUGCUAAUAGCAAAACAAGCUAACUUUAGCAAGCCCCCAUUUGUUAUUUACAGGGGUUGCUAAUAGCUAACGAGCUAACUUUAGCAAACCCCCAUUUGUUAUUUACUGUAAAGCGUAACGUCUUAAAUCGUCCAAACAUUAGACAAUUGUCACAGACUUGGAGUUGACAUGUGGUGCAUUCCCGAAGUACUGUUAUUUACAGUGGUAGCGGCAACAAGCAUGACCAUAGUCCACAUGCUUGACUUUUGCCAUAAGGUUGAUUCUGAGUGUCAAAUUCAGGACAUUUUCCUGUCAGGCCAGCAGUCACGUGCACAAAUAAUAAAUUCUAGGUGGAAUGCAAGUGUUUUGAACCUCAUACAGAACCUGGACCACUUCAGAGUCUCCAAUGAGAAGCUCAAAGGGGCUUUUCCCAUUGAUGAAGUCCAGGGGAACGCAGUCCGCAGUGUGAAGAACUGCAUCUUCUCUGAGUCCAGCCCGACUCCCCUGAAAGGCCCAUUGAGAUUGGCUGCAGUUUCAAAGGAUGUUCUAGAAGGGCUCUUGGAUUCGGACAUGGCUGUGACCCAGUCAGAGGAUUUCCUGCUCUAUAUCAGUGGAGGACGGCGUCUACCAGGCUCUCAGCCUCUGGCACACAGAUAUGGAGGCCAUCAGUUUGGCUACUGGGCAGGCCAGCUAGGCGAUGGCCGAGCACAUCUCCUUGGUCAGUAUACCAACAGGAAAGGGGACACGUGGGAACUGCAGCUGAAAGGUUCCGGAAAGACGCCCUAUUCAAGGUCGGGAGACGGCCGAGCCGUGAUACGCUCGUCGCUCAGAGAGUUCCUUGGUAGCGAGGCCAUGCACUUCCUGGGCGUGCCCACCAGCAGAGCCGCCAGUUUAGUCGUGAGUGACGAGCUAGUGUUGAGGGACCAGUUCUACGACGGCAACGUGAGAGCAGAAAGAGGAGCCGUCGUACUCCGCUUAGCCAAAUCCUGGUUCCGGAUUGGCUCGGUGGAGAUUUUGUCUCGUAGCGGAGAGCUGGAUCUUCUCAGAAAGCUACUGGACUUUGUCAUCGAAGAGCAUUUUCCUUCCAUCAAGUCGGACCACUCCGAUAAAUAUUUGGCGUUUUAUUCCCGUGUGGUGAACGACACGGCGCAUCUAAUAGCUCAGUGGACCUCCGUCGGCUUUGCACACGGCGUGUGCAACACCGACAACUUCAGCCUCGUGUCCAUCACCAUCGAUUACGGCCCCUUCGGCUUCAUGGACUCCUACAACCCCGGUUUUGUCCCCAACACGUCCGACGACGAGGGUCGGUACAGCGUGGGGCAGCAAGCCGGCGUGGGCCUCUUCAACCUGGACAAGCUGCUGGACGCUCUCAGGCCACUUCUCACUGCAGGACAACAGCUAGCGGCGGAGAGAGUCUUAAAGGGAUACGCGGACAUCUACAAGGCAAGGAUUCAUCAGCUGUUCAAAGCCAAACUGGGUCUUCUUGGUGACGACGUGGAAGAUGACCACAUCAUCGCUCUCCUACUUCAGGUGAUGGAAGACACGCAGGCCGACUUUCCAUUGACCUUCAGACAGCUGAGUGAGGCUUCAGCGCCGCAGCUCCACGACCGCAACUUCACACAGGCCUGGGCUCUGGAGGACUUAUCUUCACAUGGACUCUUUGCAGACUGGCUGAGCAUGUACCUGCAGCGCCUCGGCAGGCAGUCACAUGACCAAGAUGCGAAGCGCCAAGCAAGGAUGAAAGGUGUGAACCCGCGUUACGUGCUGAGGAACUGGAUGGCAGAGUCGGCCAUCAGGAAAGCAGAGAUGGAUGAUUUCUCAGAGGUGGCGCUGCUGCACCGCAUCCUCUCCUUGCCUUUCAUCACUCAAAGCUCAGCAGAGGCAGCAGGCUAUGCAGCAAGGCCACCAAGGUGGGCUCAGAGGUUAAAGGUCAGCUGCUCAUCUUGAAGGAACCUACCACCACAGCACCAAGAUGCCAAAGCAGGGCAGGUGUAGUCCGCUUUGGUGGAGGAGGAGGUACCUUCUUCACCGACCCAGAAGGCCGCAGUGGUGCUCUUGGUGGGGCAGUGGACAUCGACGGAGGUGGCGGUGGAGGGGGCGGAAGUGCUCCUGUGAGUGGAGGUGGCGGCGGUAAAAAGGCAGGCUCUGGUGGCGGAGGAAGCGGCAUUGUGGUGAGGGGGGGAGGA